UGGAAAACAAUAUAGAAUAUAGAAGAAUAGAUAAUAGAGUGGAGUAACACUGGGAGGAGAAAGAAAGAAGAAUGGCCAAGGGCAUGUCACCGCAAUUACAAAUGAGGUUCAAAUCCUCUUUGAUGGGUGAACGUCUCUUACGGUGUUCAAGGCACCAACCUCUUCCUCAACUAUUUUGUUACAACCCUGCAAUCAAUCAUGUUUCGAUGCAAUUAUCUCGCACGCUCUCUGGUUUGACCAAUUUAUUCUUCAAUAGAAGAAAUGUGGAUGAAUUGUCAAACAGCAAGCGAAAACGUUUGAGACCUGGAAAAGUUUCUCCGCGGCGACAAGUGCCGAAGAAUAUACCGAGGCCUCCGUAUGUGAAUUCUAUUGUUCCCGCGGGGCUUGUGAGCGGAGCUGAAGUGCAUGACAAGCAAGGGAUAGAAUGCAUGAGAGCUUCUGGAAGGCUUGCAGCCCAAGUUCUUCAAUAUGCUGGCACCUUAGUCAAGCCAGGCAUAACGACAGAUGAAAUUGACCAAGCGGUUCACCAAAUGAUAAUUGACAAUGGUGCAUACCCAUCUCCUCUUGGCUAUGGUGGAUUUCCUAAGAGUGUCUGCACAUCUGUAAAUGAAUGCAUUUGCCAUGGAAUACCAGAUUCCCGUGUCCUUGAGGAUGGUGAUAUAAUCAACAUUGAUGUCACUGUUUAUCUAAAUGGCUGUCAUGGGGACACAUCAGCAACUUUCUAUUGUGGAGAUGUUGAUGAUAAGGCUAGAAAGUUAGUUCAGGUAACUAAGGAAUGCCUAGAUAAAGCAAUAUCAAUAUGUGCACCGGGAGUGGAAUUCAAGAAAAUUGGAAAAACAAUUCAUGAUCAUGCGGAUAAAUAUCGUUAUGGUGUUGUCCGGCAGUUUGUUGGCCAUGGAGUUGGACGUGUUUUUCAUGCUGAUCCAGUCAUUCUUCACUACAGAAACAAUGAAGGUGGACGAAUGAUGCUAAAUCAAACCUUUACAAUUGAACCAAUGCUGACUAUUGGCAGCAUCAAUCCUGUGAUGUGGAAUGACAACUGGACAGUUGUAACGGAAGAUGGAAGCCUUUCAGCACAGUUUGAACACACCAUUCUGAUAACCCCUGAUGGGGCUGAGAUUAUGACUCAAUGCUGACAGAUGCAACAUUGAAUAUUUGUGGACAUGGAGAAACUUCAUUAUUUAGAUGCAAUUGAUUUAAUUACUUCCAGUUCCAGAUCAGAAGUUUUUGCUGGAACAGUCGGGGGGCAGGGGAGGAACUCUUUCAUUUUUGUUAUGCUCUUCUGCCUGUUGUAUCUGUAACAUUAUCUUCCGUGCUCCAAUUCAUAAUUGAUGCACAUUCUUUCAUUGUUAUGGAGAGAAAAUGAAUAGGGUGUGGUUUGAGAUGAAAGA